AUGGCUCGAACAAAGCAAACAACAAGGAGAUAUAGGUCGGAUGGUUCCUUUUACCAUUCGGACAGUGAGACUCCCAACUCUGACGGCUCCAUUAGGGUGCCUGCUAGCGAAAUUUCUGAGCACCCUCCAAACCCUUCUUCUGACCUUCCCCUAACUCCAACUUAUUACUCUUCCCCUUCUUCAAGCGGCACCCCUAGCGAUACUAUACUGCGGGAAGCUGACAGUCAAUACCAGGCCGAGCCUUCAGAACAGGCGUCGGAGGAGAUUCUGGGGGAGGACCCUGCUGGCCCUAGCCGGCAGUCCCCUAGCUCUGGGGAGAGUUCUGAUGACGAUUCGGCCUCGUCAUCUUCUGAUAAUGCCUUCGUUACCUCAGAGGAGGCUAGAGCAAAAAUAAGCACUGCAAGGGAAUCCUUGUCAGUGGAAAAAGGGGAAGGCUGGGCGGAGCCGAAAAAAGCUGUGGAAAAGCUCUCGGCAACAAGGAAGCCGGCUGCCGUUUUUGCAGCAAAAUAUCGCUCAAACGUCCUUAAUCGGGCGAAUGACGAGCAGAAAACAGCCGGGACUCCCAAGAGUGGUUCCACCAGGCCCUCUCCCUCCAAGCAAUCCCAACCCAAGAUUCAAAAAACUGGGGCUGGUGAUGUGAGUGCAUCCGGCAAGAACAAAAAGCACAUUGCUCACAAGCCCAAGAGAGGGGAAGGCUCAACUCUCGAAACUGACAGGGAGGUCGGUAAACCGGAUGCUACUCAGGCAUCGAAGGGUGGCUUUAAGCAACCCAGCACUGCUGUCGGCUCAACAGGAGAGAAGAGGCGUCAUGGGAAGGAGGAGGAGGUUCAGCCGGACGCUCCUGUGCAAAGGCCGACUGUCGUCCAGAUGGCCAAGGAAAUGCUGAGGGCGCUUGACCCGGAGGACAAGGCGUCCGUAAGAGGAGUCGGCACCCUCAACUUGGAUGCCAUCUUGGGGAACCUCUGUGAGGCUAUGCUACGCAUCCAGGGGCUAAGAAGGCCAAUCCAGGAGAAGUCUAAAGAGGUAACAGCUGCUAAAGCUCGAGCCGAGUCCGCCUUAGACCGAGCUCAAUUUGAAAUUGCUCAGAAUGAGCUUCUGACCCUUGAUAUGAUGUAUUCCCAGGCGGACGCCAACCAGCAGGUGAAGAAAGACUUGGAUUCGGCUCGCUCCAAAAUCAAUGACCUUAAGGCCGAAAUUAAAGGCCUUAAGGAAAAGCUUGAGCCUCUUCAAGAGGCCAAGAAAGAGGCCGAGAGGGCCAAGGAGCGGGUUGGCCGCCUGGAGGGGCGCCUGGCAAACCAGGAGCAGCAGCGGAAGACCAAGUUCCAAUCCCGAGCUGAGGAGGAGAAGGAGGCCCUUGUCAAACAAAUGAUGGAAGACUAUGAGUCCAUCAUGCGGAUGGCAUGGGAGGCGGUACAGUCGGGUGCUGAUUUUGGCAUCUGGAAAUCCAAGUUUGAUCAAGCAAACGAGGAUUUCAAUGCUGAACUCCUUCGCCAGGCUGAAGAGGAGGCGAACAAGGCUGAUGCUGAUGGCGAAGAGGCCGGCUCCUCAUCAAGCUCUUCUGGGGACGAGGAGGGGGACGAGGAAAAUGCGGAGCAGCCGGCAGGUGAAGAUGCGGCUGCCUAUGUUGAUAACUCCCCUGCCCCUUAA